AUGGUGUCUUUAACAGAGAAAGCGGCGGCAUUGUAUCAAGGCGAAGCGUUGGCUCCCAUGGUGAGGGCGUCGACGACUCCCCUUCGAACGUUGGCCCUUCAGUAUGGCGCCGAUUUUGUGUACUCGGAAGAAAUGGUGGACCGGUCUCUGUCCGAUACCAUCCGCGUGGAAAAUGAAAAGUUGCAAACCGUCGACUACAUCAAGGACACGACGAAGCUUGCCCCCAAAGUACAACGAAAAUUGGCGCGUGACGGGAACCGUUCUCCCUUAAUGUUCCAAGUGGAUCGUCGAAUAGAAAAGGGCAAGUUGGUGUGUCAGAUUGGAUCGGGGGAACCGGAAUUGGCACUGGAUGCCGUGCUGCAUGUAAAGCAAGAUGUCGAUGCAUUUGACAUCAACAUGGGCUGUCCCAAGAAGUUUAGUGUCAGUGGUGGAAUGGGAUCGGCGUUGUUGUCCGAUCCCGAUCGAGCGUGUCGCAUUGUCAAGACGCUGCGAGAUCAUUUGAAAGAACAUCCCGUGUCCUGCAAAAUCCGACUGUUGAAGGAUACGCAGAGUACUCUUGAUUUUAUAACGGGUCUUGUCAAUGCAGGGGCUCAUGCCAUUGCCGUGCAUGCUAGACGACCCGGAGACGAGGCAGUCAAUCCGGCUCAUUGGGAGGAUUUGGAAGAGUUGAUGCCUCUGGUCCGAUCCAAAUUUCCAACAUUGCCACUGCUCAUCAAUGGAGAUUUCUAUACACGACAAGAGUUUACGGAUUUUCAUAAAAAGUAUGGAACCAGUGGUGUGUUGUUGGCGAGACCAGCGCUCUACAACGUGUCCAUAUUUCGAAAACCACCACCCAAGGCAGCAGAAGAGAAUGAUAAUGACGCAACAACAACAACCUACGGAUACGAUUCUCCCCUGUUAUUGGACAAGACCACAGUGGUCCAAGAGUAUUUGAAACAUGCCUUGCGAUACAAUACGCAUCAUAAGAAUGUCAAAUAUGUGGCGAGUGAAAUGAUGACCAACCGAAGAACUCCAACGCCCCGGGUAAACUCCAUGCCUGUGCAUUUUCCCGGAGGACAAACCAUUGGCAAGACGUGUAGCUGUCACAGUUUGGAAGCACUUUGCAAAUUGUGGGAUGUACGAUUCUCUCUCUUUGAUGGCAGCAAAACGAAGAAUGUCGACCACACGCCUCUGCCGGCUGGGGAACACAAAUAUGAUGACAACUACAUUCUCCAGGGGGAAGAACCCUCCGGCACAACGACAAGCACUGCAACGGAGAGCAAGGACAACAUCACAGGUGUUUCCAGAAAGGACACACAGGAUUCUUCUGAAUACCCCAACAAACGACCUAGAGUGGAGGCUUCGGCUUCAUGA